AUGGACUCGGACGAGGACGAACGAGUAGGAGCUGGCGCCGGAGCAGGAGGGCUCUCGGUCGGCGGCGAUACGGACGACGUCUCGUUGCCCAAAGCGACCAUCAACAAGCUCCUGCACGGUCAGUUUCGCCCCGCGCGUCGUUCGUGGUCGAGGCGGCGCUGAUCUUGGCAUCUCGAUCUGCUACAGAACUCCUACCACCGGGUUACUCCGUCGCCAAGGAAGCCAAGGAUCUGAUCGCCGAUUGCUGCAAAGGUACGACCUCCUACAUCUCAUUCACCCCACUUGCGCACCAGACUGAUCCCCGUCUCUCUUGCUCCGGUAGAGUUCGUCCUCUCCAUCGCAUCCGAGGCCAACGAGAUUUGCGAAAAGGACUCCAAGAAAACGCUCGCUCCGGAUCAUGUCAUCAAGGCGUUAGAGGUGCGCGACGACCUUACUCGCGACUGCAGAAACCAGCCAAUCAGCUCAUUCCUGCCCCUUGUACCGACAGGCCCUGGGGUUCGAGGAUAUGGUCCAACAUGUAUCGGACCAACUCGUCGAGACAAAGAUAUUGGCAAAGGUAAGAAUCGAUCGCCUGCCUACAGCCACGAUCAAUCCCCUAGCUCUCCAAUCGGCAACAAUUCUUCUCAUCCAACACAACUUGCAUCCCUCGCACAGGACGAACGACACAAGAAAGCCAAACGGGCCAAAGGAUCGGGCAUGUCAGCCGAGGAAGCCGAGCGGAUCCAAGAAGAACUCUUUGCCGCAAGUCGCGCACGCUUGGCCGCGGGGGCAGCUCCGAGUUCGGCUGGUCCGCCUUGA